AUGGACAUGGACGUCGACGCCGCUUCCCGCUCGCCCUCGCCGGUUCAGCCGCCGCCGACACCCGCAGCGCCGGGCCCGCGUGCCUCUGCUCUUCAAAAGCUCUACGCCGAUGCCGUCAAUCACAUCAUCAAAACAUGCYCGUACAGCAACUUUGCCUCCUGCUUUCCCACGCCAGCCAAGCAGGUGCCCGGCAGCGUCAAGCUCCUCCACGAGCAAUUCACCGAAAAGCUGGGCGAGAGCAUGCGGAAGGAGUUUGACAGCAUCCUCGAGGAAAGGAAUGUCGUGCCGUCGUUGAACGAAUUGGACCGAUUGAUCGAGGAUGCAAAGCGACGGAAAGCUUCUGCAUCGGUUUCCGAGGGGCGGCCGAUACCUGCACAUACUCUGCCAGCGAAACAACUAUACAUCUCGCAUUUGGCACCGACACUGCAGAUGUACCAGCGGCAGAUGGAGGCCAAGGAGGAGAUUCUAGGAGAGGAGAACCAGGUGCUGAUCGAGAAGAUCUUGCAGCAAAGGAAAGAUAUCCAGAGUCUUGUGGAUGGUUUGGAGGGUGUUGUAAAAGAUUUGAAUGGGAGUGUGGCUGCUAUGAACCCCGAGGAGCUGGAUGUGCUGAGGGAGGAGAAUCGCGAUGUUGAUGAAGCGAUGAGGUAG